AUGGUGUUGCUAAUUAAGGAGCUGUUAGUCGGUAAGGUCAAUAAUGUUCGCUCCGUCUGUCUGAUGGCAGCUAACUUCCAAGCGCAUCCUAGCACUUGUCCACCACCGCCAUAUCAAGAAAUUGCCAAUCCAUUUGUGCCAAUUGUAUCAGACAGCAAGUGCAGCGCUCCUUGCUUCCUGAAUCAGCCUGGCUCUCAAAUUCACUCAGAAAUAGCCAAUCCAUUUGUGCCAAUUGUAUCAGACAGCAAGUGCAGCACUCCUUGCUUCCUGAAUCAGCCUGGCUCUCAAAUUCACUCAGAGGCAAUCCCAAGUGCUCCGACAGCCUCAGAAUAUCAUCCAGUCAGUGCUGUUGCAAAUCCGUCGGUGAACCAGCUGCCAGCUGUUUGUUUUAUAAGUGGCGCUACAUUUGGGCCUACUGCUGUCCAUAUCACUUGUCCGUUCUGCCAUGUUCCAAUAGUAACGCACAUCCUGAGGCGUGCUGGAUUGCUCGCUUGGUUGAUAUGUGGCGGCCUCGCACUUCUCGGCCGGUUAAGUAAACAUCUUAAACUGUUGAUGGUGUUCCCGGAUGAUGUGACGACAGAAGCAGCAAUGGCAUUUUCCCGUCUAACACAACGACGGAAAACAGGACUGCACAGUGAUCCAUACGGGCAUCGCUUACCACUGCAAAUUUCUGGAUCCGGUUCCAAAACACUGCCUGGCUUUCGAAAACGAACGCAUUUUCCUGUGUUCCAGUCGCAUGACAUUGGUUGUACGCAAGUCACAUUGGCGCAACGGUCAGUCUGUGCCAAUUUUUCAUCAAUGUGCAUGGGGCACAAGAAAUCGUCUGGACUGUAUUCGUAUCCAGGAAUGAGUGAAGUACUCGAGCAGUUCAUUUUUCUAGCAUUGGCAUUAUUCGCAGAUGAGGUAUCAUAA